CGCGCGCCAUCAUCAUGACUGCCGCCGGAAUACAUAAAGGAGGCACUUGCUCCUUCCUCUCAUGUUGACCACGCCCACUCCCACUCCCGGAAGCGAAACAAGUGUCUACUUCGACGCCCCCAUCGUAAACUUUAGCAGCAAAGACAGCAUGUUGUUUGGUAGCAAGGACAAGGAUAAGACGGCAGCGGCGGAAUCUGAUGUGAAGGACACGACGAAGCCCACCGGUUCCAUCCUCGCCGGGGAGGGCUCGAGGUCGCCGACCGUGGCGAAUGGCACACCGGACAAGAAGACGCGCGUCCUGCCCGACGCGAAUGGCACCGUCCCCCCAGCUUCCGAGCAGGGGAGCACGAGGCCUGCGGUCGUGGACGACGACAACGAUGAUGGCUACGAGGAUAUCGACGAGGAGGACGAGGAUCGCGCCGUAGCGCACCCUAACGGGUCUUCUGGCUGGCUCCCCGCGACCGAUCUGCCCGGCAAGGGCGAGUCGUCCGCCGGCCGUCGUUCGUCCGUCUUCCGCAACGCUAGCCGACGCAGCAAUCGCCCUGGCUCUCGCACUCGCUCCCUCAACCGCGCUGGCUCCGUCGGCUACGCGGCGUCGACGACGUCCUCAGUCGCUCGGCGCAGCCUAUACACCAACUCGGACGGCCGCGUUGUCAAUGGCUCGGCGUUCAUCAGCGGAGCUGGUACGACCGGGCCUGACGCAGCAGCUAUCCCGGACGACAGCCUUCAUCGACGUCGCACCAGCGCUUCCGCGGCGUUGUCACCCAAGCAGAACAAGAAGAUUGAGAAGAAAGAGGCUGCGGGUGUCAAGAACCUAUCUAGGGUUAUUAAGCAAGAGUCUAGAGUGGAGAAGAAAGCACUCAACGUCAUCAUUCAAGAGCUAGCGGAUUUGCAGAGGAUGCAGAAGGAGGCCGUCAAGCGCGAAGCUAAGGCCCACGCCGCCCACGUCAAGGCUGUCACCGCGCACCACAAGGCGGAAGAGGAGUACAUCGCAGCGAGAGUCAAAUACGAGACGACGCUGGCCGAGAUGAAUGCGUUCGGCGAAGCUUUGGAGCUCGCGCGGGAGAACGCUCGUCAGACGACGGAGGCCAUGCAGGAGAAGAGUCAGGAAGUUGACGCGCUUCGUACCAUGUAUGGUGUUGAUGAGCGUGAGCGCGAGGUUAAGCUCACCUCUAUCGCGCCAAAGAAGACUAGCUGGUUCCAUUGAUACUGUAAUGUUUAUCUUUUGCGUGGCCCUGUUGUCGUUGUAUUCCCACUUUCGUUCUGUAGUUGUAAUCUAUCUCCUGGUUCUAAGAGGAAAUCCAUGACUGUCGACGGAAGAACAAUGGAAAU